CACAUGGCUAUAUAAACAUGGCUGUGGGUGCCGUUGGACUGGCUGGUGAUCAAUUUCAGGAGGUAAAGUUAUGCAAGUUUAUAGGUUUGCUUUUUUGUGUAGAUUUAUUUGUAUGGUUAUUUUGUGCGGUCAACAUACGUGUCUGUAUUGCUUUGUGACUUCUUAGUUGGGCGGUUAAACUUUGUCAGCUAGCUUGGCCAUGUGUUAUAGGUAGCUAGCUCGCUAGCUGGAUAGCGUGAAGUCACGUGCGAAACAGGCUUUGCGAAAGCAAGCUAUGUGUUUUAGCUUGUUAAAUGAAGCAACGCAACCAGGGCUAGCUAAAGCAAUAUUUUGAGUGUGGAGUCUUUAAUGUUGUGACACGGCCAAAAACCAUGCUGGUUUGGAAAUGAAGAGCACAUACUAGCGUUUAACUAGAGAACUAUAGGUUUGCGAGUCCACGAUGCAUUUCCGUAGUUUAGCCCGCAACAGGGUCAUGUUAUUUUAACUUUGCCCUUCAGUGAUCUUUUGUUAAUUUUUCAGUUACGCGAAACGGCAACAAGUUGGAAAUGUUAAGGUAGCUCGCGAAGACAUUAGGAAACGAAAACAACCACCAACGACGCCUAUUAAAAUGCCUGCACUUGAAACCUCGGUCAAUUUGGAAGUUAAACAAAUUCAAUCACAAGAAGAGACGUGGAAAACGCAGCUUGUCAACGGCGGGGCGACAGAUGUUUCCCUAAACUCGUUGCACAGGUUGAACGGCAGCGAUGAUGCCAGCGCGAUAAAACCAGGAAGACUUGUCGAGGCACAGGCUGAAGCUACAGUAGCCCCGGCAUCGAAUGGCGAAAAGGUAGUUUCAAAUGGACAGUCAACUGUAACCUCAUUGAGACCAGAGUCCCAAGCGGUACAAAACAACAACAGCCUAACACUGACGCCCAGCAGUUGCAACGCGCCAGUGAUUGUGUCAAAAACUCCAAUUUCCGCAGCGCUUUCACUUUCAACGCCGAAAACUGCAGUCGCUCCUUUCGCGAUGAAUGCACACAUUAUAAACGGCUCAACAAACGUGCAGUCGGCUGUGAGCAACCCUGUGCCCAAGAUAAUAAUGAACGCGGGACAGAGUGGAACGAACUCACCCGUAGUGCCGGCUAAUAACGUUGUCCAAGGAAACUCUUCAGUGACACGUGUAGGCCAGCCGACGGUGACUGCAAGCACUUGUGGCCAAGUCAAGGUUGAUAUGAGCUUGGCGCCUACUUCUCAAGCUGUGGUUUCUACAAUGACCGCUCCACAAGCCUCGAAGGUGACCAGAGUUGCCACUAUUACCCAGACGCCGGGGAAAGGGACUGUCAUCGCCUUGCCACGGCCAUCCACACCUCAGCCGACCGGUGCGCCGCGAGCACCUCAGACCACUUCUGUGCAGCUGCCUGCUAAUUUUCAGAUCCCGCAAGGCAUGGUUCUGAUCCGGAGCGACAGCGGGCAGCUGAUGCUGGUGUCCCAGCAGGCCCUGGCACAGGCCCAGGCGCAGGGCAUCAUCCCCAGGGUGAACGCGGCGGCCAGGGCCCCACCCACUCCGGCCGCCGGUCAGGCAACGACGAUCGUUCGAAAUUCGGAGGUUACACCUGUAAUAAAGGUGCCCCCGCCUCCAGCAAGCGGCACACCAGUGACCUCUUUCCAAAAGAUGUCCGUUUUAAAGGUCACAGGAAGUGCCGUUUCCGCCGCUGCAGGCCCGACUGUGCGGCCAGCUGUGCCUGCCACGGCAACGGUCACCCCGGCAACAGCGGAGGGACCCAAGGCCACGCCCACCGCCGCCAUCUCUGCGGAAACUUUGGAAAAUGUGAAGAAGUGUAAGAAUUUCCUGGUGACGCUAAUUAAGCUGGCCUCCAGUGGCACUCAUUCUGUUGAAAUGGCAAAAAAUGUCAAGGAGCUGGUGAAGAGUCUGCUGGAUGGAAAGAUCGAGGCGGAGGAGUUCACAGACCGGUUGUACACUGAGCUCAAGUCGUCUCCUCAGCCUUACCUCGUUCCUUUUCUGAAGAGGAGCCUCCCCGCUGUGCGUCAGCUCACCCCAAACUCGCAGCUCUUCAUCCAGCAGUGCGCUGUGCCCAAACCCCCGCCGGCCCCCCAGCAGGGGGCCAGAGCGGCCCCCCCGGCGCCCGCCGGGCACAGCAAGCCCUCGCAGCCCAGCCUGGUCACCGUUCCCGCCCCCAGACCCGCCCAGCCACCCAGCUCCACCCACCUGGUGAUCCAGCAUCCGCGGGGCGUGGUGAUAAAGCAGGCGCUAACGUCAGCGCCGCCGCCGCGCGUCUCCCUGCCCCCCGCGCCGGGCCGGACCCUGCAGAGGCCAUCUGUCACCGCCAUGGUGCAGUCGGCUUCCCACGCCACAGGAACCUUCAUGAACCAUUCCUCCGUUCAGGUGUCGAAAAUCAUAACCAUGCACCCGUCUGCGGCCCAGAGAAGCAGCUUCAGGGACGGAACCCCCGCGUCUUUCAGGGAUGAGGACGACAUCAACGACGUGGCCUCCAUGGCCGGGGUGAACCUGAGCGAGGAGAGCGCCCGUAUCCUAGCGACCGGCUCGGAGCUGGUGGGCUCGGUCAUACGGUCCUGCCGCGACGAGCCCUUCAUCCCCGCGGCCGUCCUGCAGCAGCGACUGCUGGUGACCGGCAGGAAGCACGGCGUCACGGACGUGAGCGCGGACGCCGUCGCUCUGCUCGCUCACGCCACGCAGCAGCGUCUGAGGGUGCUUCUGGAAAAGCUGACGGCGGUGGCGCAGCAUCGGAAGAUUUCCUUCAAGGACGACGUUCGGCACCGACAGACGAGCGACACACGGGCUCAGCUGAAGUUUUUGGAGCAGCUGGACCGCUUGGAGAAAGAGAGGAAGGACGGCGAAGAGCGAGAGAUUCUCCUUCGCGUCGCUAAGAGCCGGUCCAACCGCGAGGACCCCGAGCAGCUUCGCCUCAAACAGAAGGCCAAAGAGAUGCAGCAGCUGGAGCUGGCGCAGAUGCAGCAGAGGGAGGCCAAUCUGACGGCGCUGGCAGCCAUCGGGCCUCGCAAGAAACGCCCGCUGGACUCCACAGGAAACGAGGUGACGGGCGCUCUGGGCUCCUCCCCUGCGGUUGUGAAGCAGGGCUCAGUUCUGAGGGUCACGCGCGUGGGUUUGAGGGACCUGCUCUUCUGCAUGGAGCAGGACCCCACGCUGAGGCACACGCUCAGCCUGUACCGGGCCCUGCUGCGGUAGUGCACACACACACACACACACACACACACACACACACACGCAUACAUACACAUACAUAUAUACAUAUACACACGCUCACACACGUACACAAGCAUACAUAUACACACACACACACAUGCACCAUGUGAGGGUUCUUGUCCAGACAGCCUCACAACAUCAACCCUCAAAGCCUCAGACAAUCACCGUCCCCUCAACAAAACCACCGCCACACCACCACCACACGCGCUGUGUAAAAACCACCACCACACACACCCUGUGGAAAAACCACCACCACACACACCCUGUGGAAAAA